UAUUUCAGUUGAAGUAUUCACUGUGAGAGGAAAACAUGGCUGGGCAGUUGUCUCGUUUUAUAUAUCUAAAAUACUUUACAACCCUCGUAUUAUUUGUCUCCGUGAAUGGAUCGUGGAUGCCUAUCGAUGAAUCAAAACUCUCACCAGAAUGUAGAACAUUGGGCAUUUGUACUGAGGUUCCGGAUUAUCCAGAAGAUAUCGCAAACGAACUAAUAAAAGAGCUCAGAAAUAACCAAACUAUAUUCAGUAAUGAUAUCACUUUCGCAUCGACGCUUUCAAUCGAGAGCAGAUUUGCAUUCACUCCUCUAGAAGUAGAACUGUGUGAUUCUAUGGAAAAACUCUAUGUUCCGAAAGCUGCCAAAAGCAAAAGUGGCUUGUGGUUUUAUAUUUUAAAUUCUAAACAAGAACCAGUUCAACGAUUUCGUGUGGAAAUAUGCAGACCAAAUGAUAAAAAAAUGAUGAUGCGAGGCAAUACAGAAAAUGGUCGUUGUUCCUUGUUAGCGUUAUUCAGCAACGACUCCGAGGGAAUUUGCGUUCAGAAAUACAUACUGAGAGAAAUGAUAGCAUUAUCGAGGUCUAAACGUGAAGCAUUUGUGGAACAUUUCUAUAUUCCUUGCUGUUGCGAGUGUGUUGAGAGAAAAAAGUAGAAUUGAAUCGUAAUAAAAUAUUUACAAAUAAAA